AUGACGACAGCAACAACCUCGAGCAUGGGCGCAGAAGCCAUUGCGCCACCAAUUGGCGACAGCGAAGAGGCAGUCCUUGCGAGCACUUCCACAACAGCCACAGCCACAGCCACAGCCGCGAUGAGGGGACAGCUACCACACCACAGCUCUGCAGUGCCGCUGCUGCCACCCAUCGAGUCAGCGACAAGCAGCACCGCCUUUGGCGCUGUCCUGACCCCAACCUCAUCACAGACGUCCCUUUCGCCGCCGCCAUCGCCAUCACCCAUGUCAUUGCCGUCCCCACCAUCACCACCAACAACACGGCGGCAACAGCACCACUUUGGCAGUGCAGGAGGCAGGCGCGUGCCAGCGCCGGUCCGCGUGGGAGACAGCGCGGGUCCCAAGCUAAGCAGGGCCACGGAUGAUCAGCACCACGGCCGCCGCCACGGCAGCGCAAGCUUGGGUGGGUUCCCUGCUCGCCAGCCAAGUGCUCCCGGUGCACGGCGUGGCGCCCCGUCGCGCACGACGCGACCUUCCUCAACCGUGUCCAUCGCGUCAUCCACGACACCCGGCAGCGAAAAGCGGUGGCAGCCAACGGCAGUGCGGCGGCGGCAGUCAAUGCUCACGCGACGCGCAUCUGUGGCCGGUGGCCUCGUGUCAUCGCUGUCAUCGCUCUCUAUAGGCAACAAGGGCCAGGCGUUGGACAGUCUGUAUGACGAAGGUGAGGGCGCGGCGAUGGAUAUGGAUAUGGACGAAGAAAGGGACGCGUUUGGGUCCCGCCAAAGCUCAGGCCACUUUGCGCAUCGUCGGGGUUCCAUGGCGCAGUCGCAGCCAUUCACGCAGCGCCACGGCUACCCGACUGCACGGGCGCGUUUGAGGCGGCGUGCGUCGUGCCCCACCCUCUUCUCCACCAUGGCAUCCGCCCCGCCAUCCACCACGCAGCGCAUCAACAGCGGUGCCCAUGAUGGUGGUGAUGGUGGUGAUGGUGGUGCUCCCUCGACGCGCCGUCGUCCUCGCCGCCGCAGCUCUCUCUUCCCGUCUUUGCCAGGCGUGCCUGCGCAGGUUGCCGCGCUGUCACGAAUUGCGGAUGCAUCACCAUCACCAUCAUCACCAUCGUCGUCGUCGUCGUCACUGCCGUCGCAGUCGCAGUACGAGCGCUGCUGGAACCACAAACCGCUGCACGACCGCGGGGAACGCCGGUCCGGUCGCCCGCGCAGACCCGUCGAGAAGGUCGUGCGAGUGGUGGAGAGGAAGCACAGCAACGUGCGCGUCAUUCGCGUUGGCGGCGGCUACAUCAUCCUCACAGAGGAAAUGGAACGCUAUCUUGCCGAGCAAAACCUCCGCCGCCUGAUGGACGGGCAGGAUCUGAACGACCUCGGCCUCUCAAUCAAGAAGCGAAGACCGGAUGGGACGUAUGAACUGGAAGACGGCUCCGUCGUCCUGCCGGACGGCACGCGCGUGUUUGAAAACGGAAUGCGGCUCCGGGCAGACGGCACGUGGGUGGAUGCAGACGGGAACGAAAUCACAGACGAGGACACGCUCGCCCGGCUCAACAAACUGCACGGCACGGGGCCCUUCCGUCCCGGCACGAACCAGAGCCGUCGCAGCGGCUCCUCCCGCCCCGCCAGCCGCAACGCAUUCGGCGGAGGCAGCCUUGACGCCGAGGCACGAGACACGUUCCCCACUGGAACAGAUGGUGAUGCCGCCACCAACGGGAGCGGUGCCGGUGGGCGUGGUCGUGCGGACAAAAUGUCCACUCGUUCUGAUGCGGAGGAGGACAGUGGUGGAGAAUCGCGCCCUUCCAAGUCCAGACUCCACAGCAGGAAACUCUCGUGGGACUUUUCAUCCGAGGUGACGCAAGUGCUUGAGGACGGCACGAAAGUUCUGGCUGACGGCACACGCAUCAAUCCGGACGGAAGCAUCACCCUCGCUGACGGGACGGUGCUGAGCAAAGAAGAGGCGAUUGAGUUUGCGCGAAAACGCAAGCUGGGCCGCUGGCCGAAGCCACUGUCCAAAAAGAAAGGCGGUGGUGGCAGCGAUGACGGUGAUGGUGAUGAUGACGGGAGGGGUGGGCGGCGGUCGAGAUCGAAGGAUUCAUCGCCUGGCGGCAGCAGGCGACACUCAAGACAACACAGCAUUGACGGUGUGCACGGGACGAAGAUUGGCCUCGAUGACGAUGAUGGCGCAACCUCACAGACAAAGGGCGCACGCAGACGGCACAUGCGUCGCUUCCCUGCACACGACCCUUACGGCUACGAAUCAGCUGGUGAUGUGGCGUCGCAUCUCCGUCGCGGCAACACCGUCAAUGCCCUCGACUAUCUCUCCCGCUAUUGCAUCAUCACACAGGAGCAGCUCAAACACUACAGGACGGUGUUUGACAACCUCGACCGGGACCAUGAUGGCAUCAUCAGUCACGUUGAGCUUGAGUUUGGCGUGAAGACGGUGAACAAGAACGUGAUUACGAGUCGCGAGCUCGAAUACGUCAACGUCGUCCUGGAACUGCAGCUGGCCCGCGAAAUCAACUUCAGGAUGUUUGCGCUCAUCUCUGCGCUGUCUGAGCGCGUCGUUGGUCUCGACCUCUUUGUCCGCGGUCUCGUUAACCAGAUGGACUCAAAGGCCCUCGCCCGCAAGAUUAUCGGCUGCAAGGAUCUGUUCUACAUCCUGGACGAGAAGCGGCGCGGCGCUGUCGACGUCGACGAUCUCAGCAACGAACUCAUCGCCGGCAGAAUCUCACAG